AAAGAGGCGGAGGGAAGCUCACCGAGCACAGGCGAGGUCCCGGGAGCGGGCGCGACAUCGGGUCAAAUGAGGAAGCUGAGUCCACUCAACUAGAAGAGAAGCAAAGACAAAGUCAUCAUGGCUUCAAUGUCUACGCAUGAAAACCAAGAUAAAGGUCCCCAUUUGCCACCACCAAGCAAGCAGAGUCUGUUGUUUUGUCCAAAAUCAAAACUGCACAUCCACAAAUCAGAGAUUUCAAAGAUUAUCCGGGAAUGUCAAGAAGAAAGUUUCUGGAAGAGAGCUCUGCCUUCUUCUCUUGUAAGCAUGCUUGUCACCCAAGGACUGGUCCACCAUGGUUAUUUAGCAGCUAAUCCAAGAUUUGGAUCAUUGCCUAAAGUUGCACUUGCUGGUAUCUUGGGAUUUGGCCUUGGAAAGGCAUCAUACAUAAGAGUAUGCCAGAGUAAAUUCCAUUCCUUUGAAGGUCAGCUGCGUGGGGCUGGUUUUGGUCCAGGGCAUAACAGGCACUGCCUGCUUACCUGUGAGGAAUGCAAAACAAAGCAUGGAUUAAGUAAGGAGGGACGUUCACAGCCUUCGACUUCCUAAACUCUGUGUCUGUGGGUUUUGAAGUUUCUAAAAACAUCUGAAUUUGUACACCUUUAAAAUGUCAAAUGUACUUUAAAAUAAUUUACUUAUAGUAGAACAGAAACAUUGUGAUUCUCUCACUCUACUGAAAUGCUUUCGCGCGGUUGAUUCUCCAUUGAAUUGAGCAUUCCAUGUUUUUCUGUUGUUUAAAAGAACACGUUGGGAGCAUUCGUACACCAAAAGAAAUUCUGUUGCACUCUUACUUGCUUACAGCUAAAUAAAAGAAUUUAGAGUCUUCUCUGAUUCACCCCCAUCCAUUCUUUCACUCUGCUUUUGUUCAAGGUUUUAAGAUCCCUGAUGGAGGAUAGGAAUGAAGGUUGAGCAGCUUGGGAAUCAUGCCCCAGUGUGUAUGUGUGGAGGUAGAAAUACAGGGCAAGAAAGACUGUGACUAUGGGAAGUGCUUUCCAAAAUGUAGGGGCCAAGAUUUUCUAAUGAAAAAUGUUUCAUUUUAAAGAGUCACAAUGUGAAUCAACUGUCCUUUUGAUGACCUCGGUGACUUUAUGUCUCCUCCGUGUGGUGAAGUUUUAGAAAAGCCCAUUGUUUCAGGUUCCUUGCUUAGCUAAUGGAUACAUGCUCAUGGUCAGCUCUCAAGAACUGCCGUUCUUUUAUAUUCUGCUAGUGGCCUAAAAGAAUAAACACAACUUCCCAAAAUGUCCCUCAGGAACAGUUUACGUAAUUCUGGGAGGACUCACUGGAAGAAUUAAUUCAGAGAAUGAUAAACUUCAGGGCUUUAAGGGAGCUCAGAGGCUGCCAAUCCAACCUUAAGAGAUGCAUUCCUCUUCUCCUGCCAGGUUUUUUGCAUGAAAACAAACUCCUCUUCCACUGGGGACUUUUUGUCUUUAUGACAGAUUGUCUGAGCCCUACAUGAAAACUUCUCUUGCACCUUUGCAUUUUCUCAGGAAAAUACUUUAUAUAUGUGUCACCAUUUAUAUACUGGGGGGCGGGGGGUGUGUGUACUCUUUUGCAUUUUACUUACAUCUUGAAACCUGUACCAAGGAGGUGAAAAGGGAAACCUCACUGAAAGUUAAUGCUUGAUACAUAUUUUAUUUUCUGUAUCAAAAAUAUUUGGAAGUUUUUAUUUUUACAUGAACAUUAUGUGUAUGAGAUGGAGUAAUUUUGACCAAGUCUCUUUUUAUAUUACAUAUCCUGGUGCUUUCCUGUCGAUAAAGUUCUAUUUCUGUAAAUCAGAACGCAGAGCCAAUAUCCUAGCUUCUUGGAUGCAGUUGAACUUCUGGCUCCAACAACUAGCAACUGGUGACUCUGUGUUGUCUCAGCUAUUGCAGAAAUUCAGAAUUGGGCACUUUUAUUUCCUGCGUUCCAGAAGAUGACUUCCCAGGGAUCAGAACAUUUUCACAUUGAUAAGCACAGCAAGUCAAUGUUAAAACCCAUCUUGGGGGCUUCCCUGGUGGCGCAGAGGUUGAGAGUCCGCCUGCCGAUGCAGGGGACGCGGGUUCG